CGGCAAUUCCCGACUACCGAUCACAAGCUUGUUCAGGCUACCCUGUCUGACGAAACUUCAUCUGUCUUUCCGUAUCUUCAAACUCCACCUUCUUUCGAUACCACAACAAUACCACCCACCCACCUCCGGGAGUCAAGAUGGAUUUUGCAACGGCUUCCCAUCAGCCAAUGUACAACCAGGCUGACCUCGAUCAGGCAUUCAAUUCAUUACAAACAGUAGACAACGCCUCUCCAUCUCACCAUUUGUCUCAAACAAUUCCUCAACAUAACUUUGAUCAUUCAGAACCGAGAGAGCGGUACCGCGCCAAUUCCUCUUCUUCUUCGUCUCUCGGCCCUUCCUAUGCCAUGAGCCCAGACAGCGUGUACUCUCAUGCCUCCUUUGGCGAUUCAGUGCCAUCAUUUGGUUCCAGCAGCACUUACGACAUAAUGAGCAAUGUCUCGUACUCGAGUGGGAAGGUCUCGCCAUUGACCCCCAGUGACGCGAUGACUGGCAUACAGCAAUCCCCGGUCUUUCCCCAUUCCUUGGGCAUAAACGGACACCAGAAGGACUUUUCAAACGGUCACCCUUACCCGGAACUCCUUAACGAUCGCCGUGUUCCCGGUGUAAGCGGUGCUGGUUAUCACAAUGACUUCCCCGAUGAUUAUGGCAUGAACAACGGUGCAGGUUAUCCACCUUCAGCCCUGCAACCAUUCCAAGACCGCAUGCGCUUGCAAACUGAUACUCGGUUUUCCCAUUCUGGCCUACCUCCUUCUGUCCCUUCGCAUAUGGCGCACAGCCCUGAUAUGUUCCGUGGCGUGGCUCCGCAAGCAACGCACUCGUUCCGCCCUGACACUGGCAUUCCUGGCUACGAGGACGUGCAAUAUUUCGGAAACCCUCACGCUGACAUGUCCCUUCGCAUGCCUGGCAUUGGGGACAGUUUUCCUGGAAUGAGAAACGGGCAUCCUGGCAUGGGCUCGUCGAAUGACCUUCAGGCAUUUAUUCGUCCUUACCUCGAUCAAUACGUACGAACACCAAACCGUCUCGCGUUUGGUGAACGUACGGUGAUCGUCAUGUCGAGCAGAGUAGCUCAAAAGUCAUACGGGACUGAGAAGCGAUUUCUCUGUCCCCCUCCAACAGCAAUUAUGAUUGGCAACUCUUGGUGGACUGACGUAGUGCGCCGCGGGGAAGAGCCAAAGCUUUGUCCUCCCCGCGUGACGGUCUGCAUCUCGGGCGAACCCAUCCCUCAGGAGGGUUCCAUCGAGUGGACAUCCGCCUCUGGAAAGAUAUUUGAUGUGAAUGAUGCUCCGACAGGCACGACUUACAUUGGUCGCUGCGUUGGCAAGCAGUUGUUCAUAUCCGAUGUGGACGAGAAGAAGAAGAAAGUCGAGGCGCUUGUAAAGAUCACGGCUCCGGCUUCCGACGAUGAGCCUGAACGUAUUAUCGGGACAUUCCCCAGUCGUCCCAUCAAGGUGAUCAGCAAGCCAAGUAAGAAGAGACAGAGUGCAAAGAAUCUGGAAUUAUGCAUAAACCAUGGCUCAACUAUUUCGCUCUUCCAUCGUCUGCGGUCUCAGACCGUCUCUACGAAAUAUCUCUGCGUCUCCGGUUCAGGUUCCUCAUUCAAGGGUUCUGACGGUGCACCUCUGAUGGGCAUUGAUACCCGUGCACGAUCCAGCACACCAUCAUUCAUUGCACGUACUGCCAGUUGGGAUCCGUUUGUGAUGUACAUUGUCGAUGUCAGCAAACCAGCUGGCGGAAUCGACACUCCUCCCCCGCCACCUCCACAGCCUGACUAUCCUUCACCUCCACCAAAUGCCAUCCCCUUCACUAACAAUGGCAGUCAGAUACCAAUCUACUACAACCAGACUGUGGUGCUACAGUGUCUGGUCUCGGGUGUUGUGUCCCCCGUCUUGAUUAUCCGGAAAGUUGAUCAUCAGACGACAGUGGUCGGAGGAGGCCUUCAGGAAGGCGCAAAGGGUGUUGCAGACCACUUCUGUUCACCAGGCGAGGUGUGCGGUGAUCCAGUUUCCCAGCUACACAAGAUUGCCUUCGAGGUAUACGACCCAUCAAAGGGCAUGCCUGAGCCCGGAACCCCCGGUUCAACGGGCGCAUUCCUGUCGUGCAUGGGCGAAAAGGUUAACACUUACCGUCCCAUCGAGGGUCGGCUGUGGAACAACCCGCCGAAUGCAGGAUCGUCAUCUCCUGUUCUGCCUGGAUCACCAGUGGUUUCAACACCAGCGUCCAUGUCAGGCGCCGAUUAUUUCGGUCAGACUACUGCAAGCGAGCCAGCAUCGCCUUCUUCGUCAAAUGAUUUUUCAAACGACGGCGGGCGCGUCAAGAAGGGGAAACGUUCAACAUCAAGCGCUGGAGUCAUCAAGAACCCUGGGCCUAAGGGGCGGCGGCGGCCGACCUCCGCUGGGUCUGCGUCUUCCGGGCGACGCGGAUCUUCUGGUGACGCCGGCGCAUCAUCGGGUGCUCUUUGGCAAGUGGAUAUCGGCGAGACGAGCGUUUGGACUAUUGUUGGCACAGAUCAAGUGCGAUACAACUUCUAUGUACCGCCCGUCUUAUUCGACAAUCAAAAUGCCCCUCAAACAGGAUCAUUCCCAAUUCCAUCAAAGCCGGUCACUCCAUUCCCGGCCGUGGUGAAAUAUCUCCCUCCUGAUCGCGCUGCGGAGGCACCAAAGUCAAACUGCGCACAAUCCCGCGGCGUCUUGUCGAAGCCUAAUCCUCACAUAUCAAAAAUGCUGACCGUCUACGGAGAAAACUUCAACAAGGCAGAUCCAGUACAUAUCUUUUUCGGUUCAGACCCUUCGCCUUAUGUUGAGGUCAGGUGCACCGAGGUAUUGGGCUGCCUACCUCCUGAAAAUCAACUUGCAAAACGCCGACCGAUUAUCAUGAUACGGCCAGAUGGCGUUGUAUUCCCGUCACCUAUUAUGUUUCCUUGAUUGUAUUUAUCGGUAUAUCUUUGGUUUUCGACUCAACGUCAGCUGCCUGGUAUGCUUGAUUGGUUAUAUCCCUAUAAUUUCGCGAUUCCCGAUGCUUUGAUCAUGUUAGGAUCAGUGAUAGUUGUUAUCUGUACACCAUGGACCCGACUAAGUCCCAGAGCGAGACAGUACUAUGUAGCCCUCUUGUAUCAUAUGUGCUAGAAGAAUUUCAUUUGAUGUUUCUA